AGGCCGGGCGCGGCCCGCGGCGGGCGGCAGGUGCGGACCCCUUCGGCCCCUCCGCGGUGAGCAGCUCGGCCCCCGCCCAGCCCCGCGGAGCCGCAGCGGCGCCGUCAAUCAGCGGCUCCCCCCGCACCCCCCCUACCCCCACCCUCCGCCCUCCCCUCCCGCACGCCUCGGCGCGCUGCAUCGGGCUCGGUGACAGCAGCGAGCUGGAGACACCCUCGCCGAGCGCGGCGGGAGGUUCCGCUCCCAGCCAGCGGCGAGAACCGGGCGCAGCCGAGCCCCCGCCGCCCGCCUGGCAGGGCUGCCGAAGCAUGCGGAGCCAUGGGCCAGGGCUGUGGACACUCCAUCCUCUGCCGGAGCCAGCCGUACCAGGCGGCCGCGUCUGACCUACGGGGCCAGCAGGUUUUCUUGAAGGUGGAGGACGCCGUGCCCGGCUCCGAGGCGUUACAGGACGCCCUGCUGAGCCUGGGGGCCGUGCUCGACGUCUCCUGCCUGCGGGACGCCCUCCGCCAUGCCCUCGUUUCCCUGCUGCCCAGAGUGGAGCACGUCUACAUCUACCUGCUGGAUGGGGAAACCCGGCUGAUCUGCGACGACCCCCCCCACGAGCUGCCGCCCGAGGGGAAGCUCAGGGAUGCGGUGCGGAGGCAGAAGCGGCUGGAGUGUGGGGGGCUGCCCCCCGCCGAGCUCCCCGGCCGGCAGCUGGGCCCCCUCGCAGCACCCCUGGCCCCCGGCACGCAAGUGCUCAUCAUCCCACUGGUGGACAAGGACAGCGGGGCCGUGGUGUGCGUCAUCCUGGUACACUGCGGCCAGCUGAGUGACUCUGACGAGCAGAACCUGCACGCGCUGGAGAGACACACCCUGGUGGCAUACCGGCGCUUGCAAGCCCUGCAGAAGCUGCAGCCCUGGCCGCAGGUCAGCCUCUCCACCAGCUCUUCCCAGAACUCCCUGGCCAAGCCCGAGAAGGCACCCGACAGCGGCUACAGUGACCUGGACUGCAAGAUCCUGCAGCUCUGCGGUGAGCUGUACGACCUGGAUGCCGCCUCGCUCCAGCUCAAGGUCAUCAACUAUCUGAAGCAGGAGACCCAGUCGCUCUGCUGCUGCCUCCUGCUCGUCUCUGAGGAUAACCACCAGCUCUUCUGCCAGGUGGUGGGGGACCGGGUCCUGGAGGAGGAGAUCAGCUUUUCGCUCACCUUCGGGCGCCUGGGGCAGGUGGUGGAGGACAAGAAGUCCAUCACCUUGAAGGACAUCAGCGAGGAAGAGCACAAGCAGCUGAGCAGCAUGUUGGGCUGCCAGGUCACCUCCAUGCUCUGCGUCCCCGUCAUCAGCCGGGCCACCUCCCAGGUGGUGGCAUUGGCCUGCGCCUUCAACAAGCUGAGCGGGGAGAGCUACACGGAGGCGGACGAGCACAAGAUCCAGCACUGCUUCUGCUACACCUCCACGGUGCUCACCAGCACGCUGGCCUUCCAGAAGGAGCAGAAACUCAAGUGCGAGUGCCAGGCCCUGCUGCAGGUGGCAAAGAACCUCUUCACGCACUUGGACGACGUCUCCGUCCUGCUCCAGGAGAUCAUCACGGAGGCCCGAAACCUCAGCAACGCGGAGAUAUGCUCCGUGUUCCUGCUGGACCGGCUCAGCCACGAGCUGGUGGCCAAGGUGUUUGAUGGCGGCGUGGUGGACGACGAGAGCUACGAGAUCCGCAUCCCGGCGGACCAGGGCAUCGCCGGGCACGUGGCCACCACCGGCAAGAUCCUCAACAUCAAGGACGCGUACUCCCACCCGCUCUUCUACCGGGGGGUGGACGACAGCACCGGCUUCCGCACCAGGAACAUCCUCUGCUUCCCCAUCAAGAACGAGAACCAGGAGGUCAUCGGGGUGGCAGAGCUGGUCAACAAGAUCAACGGCCCCUGGUUCAGCAAAUUUGACGAGGACCUGGCCACCGCCUUCUCCAUCUACUGCGGCAUCAGCAUCGCCCACUCGCUGCUGUACAAGAAGGUGAACGAGGCGCAGUACCGCAGCCACCUGGCCAACGAGAUGAUGAUGUACCACAUGAAGGUGUCGGACGAUGAGUACACCAAGCUGCUGAGCGAGGGCAUCCAGCCCGUGUCAACCAUCGACCCCAACUUCGCCAGCUUCACCUACACGCCGCGCUCGCUGCCCGAGGAUGACACCUCCAUGGCCAUCCUGAGCAUGCUGCAGGACAUGAACUUCAUCAACAACUACAAGAUGGAUCGUCAGACCCUCACCAGGUUCUGCCUGAUGGUGAAGAAGGGCUACCGCGAUCCCCCCUACCACAACUGGAUGCACGCCUUCUCCGUCUCCCACUUCUGCUACCUGCUCUACAAGAACCUGGAGCUCGUCAACUACCUGGAAGACAUCGAGAUCUUUGCCCUCUUCAUCUCCUGCAUGUGCCACGACCUGGACCACAGAGGCACCAAUAACUCCUUCCAGGUGGCCUCGAAAUCAGUCCUGGCCGCGCUGUACAGCUCAGAGGGCUCCGUCAUGGAGAGGCAUCACUUCGCCCAAGCCAUCGCCAUCCUCAACAGCCAGGGCUGCAACAUCUUCGACCACUUCUCCCGCAAGGACUACCAGCGCAUGCUGGACCUCAUGAGGGACAUCAUCUUGGCCACCGACCUGGCCCACCACCUGCGCAUCUUCAAGGACCUCCAGAAGAUGGCAGAAGUGGGCUACGACCCCAAGAACAAGCAGCACCGCAGCCUGCUGCUCUGCCUGCUCAUGACCUCCUGCGACCUCUCCGACCAGACCAAGGGCUGGAAGACCACCAGAAAGAUCGCGGAGCUGAUCUACAAGGAGUUCUUCUCCCAGGGUGACCUGGAGAAGGCCAUGGGCAACCGCCCGCUGGAGAUGAUGGACCGGGAGAAAGCCUACAUCCCCGAGCUGCAGAUCAGCUUCAUGGAGCACAUCGCCAUGCCCAUCUACAAGUUGCUGCAGGACCUCUUCCCCAAGGCGGCGGAGCUCUACGAGAGGGUGGCCAGCAACCGGGAGCAGUGGACGAAGGUCUCCCACAAAUUCACCAUCCGGGGUUUGCCCAGUAACAACUCCCUGGACUUUCUGGAUGAGGAAUACGACCCGCAGGCCCCCGACCCCCAGUUCAACGGCUGCCUGGAGCCUGAGGGGGGGCAGCCCGAGGCGGGGGCUGAGUGAGGGGGGGUGACUGGGAGGGGGGGGGCUGCGGCUGGGGCUGGGGGCCAGGAGCAUCCCCAACCCUGGUUCUCCAGCCCAUGGGGAGGAGGUUUGGGGGGGGACAUCAGUGACACCGGACCACCGUGGGAAGGUCUGUGUGCUGCCAGCACCCACUGCUGGUCCUUCCCCACCGGUGGGUGACUGUCCCCUCCCUCUGGGGCAGGUAUUCAGGUGUCCCCUCCACCCGGUGGUCCCUGGACUCCUCUUUGCUGGGACUCUGCCUCCGUGGCCGGGGACACCGUGGGGCUGGGGGAUGGAUGUGCUUUAAACUGCCUUAAGGCUGCA